CCAUUGGAGCAGUUUAGCGGAAGUGAAACAGCAGGAUUGGGAAACGUAAUGACGUCAUCACGCUAGCCGGAGUCACAUGAACUCUUCUCUCCAAAACCUUUUUUUAAUGUGCUGUUUUCUUUAUUUACGUCCCAUGUAGAACUAUUAUAACGGAUAUUCGACGUUUGCACGGACUUUAAACAACCUAACAUGGACGAGGACGGUCUGCCAAUCGUGGGUUCUGGAGUUGACCUCACGAAGGUUCCAGCUAUACAGCAGAGGAGAAUUGUUGCCUAUCUCAAUCAGUUUGUUGUCCACACGGUUCGAUUCCUUAACCGAUUUUCCACCGUUUGUGAAGAGAAACUUGCAAAUAUAUCCCUUCGCAUCCAGCAGAUUGACACCACGUUGUGCAUUUUGGAGGCUAAGUUGGCCUCCAUUCCUGGGUUAGAGGAAGUCACAGUUGAUGGACUGAACCAGCAACAAAGUGUGCAGACAAAUGGGCCGGCUCCGACCAGUCAGAACCAAACAGAUGGGUCCUCAGCGGGAGCAGCUCCUCCCUCAGUGCCUCAGGAGCCACAAGAAGAAGCUCCUGAGCAAAAAGCAGAAGCAGAGAACGUCCUCACGGUGGCCAAAGACCCUCGAUACGCCCGCUACCUCAAAAUGGUUCAAGUGGGAGUUCCAGUGAUGGCCAUCAGGAACAAAAUGAUCCUGGAGGGUUUGGACCCCAACCUGCUAGACACGCCGGACGCCCCCGUGCCCGACGGAGCGAGAGCAGAAAACGAAGGCGCCGCCGCCUCCAGUUCUGACAGCGAAUCUUCCUUCAGCGACUGAAAUCUGUUUCUAUUCUUCCUGUUAAUAUAAAAAAGCAAAGUCUGUUAUGUGAUUGUAAAUCCUUCUGAAUGUUAUUAUUUUGAAAACCAUUUUUUUAAGUGUUUCAGCACUAACACCACUUGCCUCUCAUUGUCCGGAUCCUCUAAUAAUAAUAAUAAUAAAAGCCGAGGAUUCCUUGUGUUUUGUAGGUUGGGAAUGUGUAGCUUCAGACAUAUUUUCCCAACUGUUCCUGAAUGUAUAUAUAUUUUGACUCGCCUUUAGAGCUGAAAAUUACAUCCUGACGGAUGAAAAAAGUGGAAUUGUAGCUGAAAUUUUAAAUAAAUUUGAUUCCUAGCACAAAUUUUCUGCUUUUAUAUAUAGAAAAAACUGUAACCUGGGCAGUUUUUAGCAUGUUAUAAUCAUAUAAGUUGUGAUAUUGAAAAAUUGCACAUUUUAUUUUUUGUU